UGGAAAUUAGUGUUUAAUGUGUAAGAAUUGACGUGUGUCAAGAAGUUGUUCGAACAGUCUGAUCAUGUUGGCACUCAGUUAGAAGUCGCUUCCUUAUAAUUAAUUCAUGAAACGGUUAUUUCCUCCACUGAUAAACUUAACAAUCAGCCUUCAACCAAUCAACAUUGACCCUGAAGGUUUACAAUUGUCUUAUCAAAGCCAUAGUUAAUAAAAGCCUGCCUACAACAAGCCCACAACCUCGCCUUUUACCAUGAAGCUCGCAUAUCUACUUUUUUUACACUUCGUGGCCACAUCAUACCCCCAGUAUAGCGCCCCUUUCAAGCUGAUGGACCUCGGGGUGUCCCUUUUUUCCAGUGACGUUAACAAAAAGUGCGUCCUAGACUUCUCACUUUUCCUUUCAGACUUGUCGAAAAUGAAACUGUGGGCGUCGAGAAUGGUGGACGCUAGUGGUAAAAUAAACGCGGGGAUUUUGAACGGGAACGUACAUAUUUUCGGAGAUUAUGACCAGUGCUUGUCCAUUAAAGAACACGUACGAGGGAGAACUAUCGAGGGAAAGUAUUGUAGCGCUCUUAUAACAAUCAGUGACGAGAUUCUCAGCGACGAAUUACUAUAUCUGAAAUCAAAAUACCAAACUAAAAAUUUCCAAAGAAUCAGACUAGAGGGCGUUUUGCAAUAUCUAGCAAACACGACGGGACUUUUGGGACUUUGUGUCCCAAAAUCGUGCUCUCCUGAAGAUUUGGAAAUUAUAGCGGACCAAAUAAUCAGCAAACUGAAACUCCCAGCACGGUUGAGUUUCAGAAAUGAUUUGUGCAGUCACAAGAACCAACCAGUCACAAUUACCAAUCUAGAUUUAUACAUUUAUUCUUUUUUUGUUGUCGUGGCUGUCAUCCUCUGCGGAAGCACCGUCUACGACUUUUAUCUACAAAAAACUGGAAUUGUAACAAUUUUCUCUGUAUACACCAACAUAAAGAAGCUUUUAAAUCAACACGAAGGGAAAAGGUUGACUUGUGUGAGUGGGAUACGGGUGAUUGCGUGCCUUUGGGUUAUACUAGCCCACGUGACUUUUAGUAACACGUUGCUUUCGAAGAACCCGAUUUAUGUCGUCACAGAAUGGAAAAUGAACCCGUCGAGUGCCUUUAUAUGGACUGGUCACUACGCUCUUGACACGUUUUUCACACUCAGUGGGUUACUGUCAAGCUACACUUAUUUGAAAUUUUCAGACAAAAACAAGAUUAGUUUGUUUUCGUUCUACUUUAAUAGAUAUAUUAGACUGACACCCCUCCUAGUGGCUACAGUUCUCAUCCACACCAGCUUGAUAAAACUCUUCACAGACGGUCCCUACGGCCAAAUCGUGAUCGACCACUACACAGACCAGUGUGCCGAAAAUUGGUGGACCUCCAUCUUCUACAUUUUCAAACUGAUGAAGUUCCGCAGGUGCGCCAACCACACCUGGUACUUAUCCGUCGACACCCAGUUGUACCUCUGCGCCCCCAUAUUUUUAUUCUUCAUUAAAAAACACCCCAAGAAAACCAUGACAACCAUGGGACUAACUUUUCUAGCAGCAGUGACCUACAGUUCAACUGUGACAGUCAUAAAACAAAUCGGAUUUACGAUUUUCGAGUGGAGCGACAAUCACACGAAUUAUCUCUUCCACUCGUCGUACUACCACAUGCCAUCCUGGCUAGUAGGUCUCUUCUUCGGGUAUCUUCUUCAACUUCAAAGCGUCAAAAUUCCGAAAAACUUGAACACCUUCUUGUUGUUUGUUUCGUUGUUGUCGCUGGUGAAGCUGAUUGUGAAUCAGUUGGAGUUCUUUGAGGGAGAAUACGACGUUUAUCGUGCCGCUCUAUGGAACGGUUUAGCCAGACCGGCGUGGUCUUUAGCUAUAUGUUACAUAAUUUUUAGUUGUGCCACAGGAAAUGGAGGAUACAUCAACUCUUUUCUCUCCCAUUACGUGUUUAGAGUAUUAGGCGAACUCACCUACAGUCUCUACAUGGUGCACGGUGGCAUCCAAAUGAUUCUGUUCUCUAGUACCAAACAAACUUUGAUUUUUUCCAAUCGACAGAUUUUUAAUACUUUCACGGAACUCUGUGUCGUCAGUUUACCUUUUGCUGUUCUCAUGUACCUUGCUUUUGAGGCGCCGAUUUUUGCUUUCAAGGACUAUAUGCAGAAACGGCAGAAACUUGACACAACCAAGAGCGAGUAACGCUGAAUGUAUUACAGUGAUAAUGUUAUAAAUAAAGU